AUGGCGACGCAUUGUAGCUACUGCGAAGUUGAGCGUCUGCAGCUCCUUGGUGGCGCCAUUGUGCCAGUCAGACAAUAUUCAUAUCCGUUUUGUGCACUUUGUCCAAACGCGCCAGAAUGGCUUCCGAUGACAUCACACCCCGUGAAUGCAAUUUCGGUUCAUAUUCCAGGCGAUAAUGACUUAACUAUCCCUCGACGUGGCUCAAAAACUGAAGGCGAUACACUUCACGAGGAAAGCCAAGGCGACGAGAAAGAUUUGACWACACAUUCGACAAGUGAUGAAGUGGACAGCCCUWCCAGYCCAUCAUCAGCGAAGCCAGAGCUUAAGUUUGGCAUUGAAAAGAUUCUAUACGGUUCUUCCACCAGAGCGCACAACCAACGCAAGCCACCUCGUCCACGACCCGUUUUCUCCCCUUCACAACGACAAUAUUUGGAGAAAUUUUUCAGUAGAAAGAAAUACCUCCAGAAGAAUGAAAGAACGAAGAUAGCUUCGCUUCUCAGCCUUAGCGAAAAACAAGUAAAAAUUUGGUUUCAAAAUCGAAGAGUUAAACGAAAACAAGAAAUGCACCAGCACAUCUCGGAAAGCGCUGCCUCCGCUACGGCUCAUGGAUAUUUGUGUCAGCAGUGCUUCCCACAUUGAACAUGCACGUCGGAGAAGUGAUUAGAAAUUAGGAUUUCAUAAUUCUAAGUAGAAAUUAAACACAAUUGGUGAAAAAUCAAAAAUCAAAUGAUGUAUUAUCAGGAUAUCAGACAAAUGCAUGUAUUUAUAGUUAAUAUGAACACCAGUUUUAUACUUUAAGAAAACGAGGUUUAGAAUUGAAGUAAAUAAAAAUGGCG